GCUGUAAACAUACUUAAUGUAUAUGUUUUGAACGAUUUGAUAUUAACAUGUAAAUUUGAAGGUUAUUUCUGGUUUGGAGUUACCAAGACCAGAGAAUGAGGCAGGGGGCGCGGAAGAGUCGCAGAGGCGCAUCGGAGUCGCCGCUGCAAGUCGACUGGCACAUCGCAGUGUUUCUAGCCGCAGUCACGGUGACUCUGUGUGCCGCCUCCCUGGUCUUCCUGGUAGUCAAGGCGAUACAAUGGCUUGGGGCGCUCAGGACUGGCGCCGGCGUUCACUUACUCCCCGUCGACGAAGACGACGAUGAGGAGGAAGAGAUCUGUGAACCGGUCCAAGCUCAAUAUUCCGCACGUGAAAAUAUGGAGUUGAGGCGACCAGGUUCGAGGACAAAAGAAAAUGUAAGGUUGAGAGAGUCCCCUUAUGUUCAAAAAUACUCAAGGUCGCCGAUGAGGAUCCAAGAAGUAAGAGAUGUGGGGACAUAUGCGGCAAAAAGCAGAGAGGAAUCUUAUAUCAAGAAACAGGACAAAUUUGAUAAGCAGACACCUAGGAGGCCAGAAAUAUACACACCUAAGAUGCCGAUGGUUUCUGAAACUGUAGAUACAUAUGCAGCAACAAGCAAAGAGGAUACAUACAAGAGACAGGACAAGUUUGAUAAGCAGACACCUAGGAGGCCUGAAACAUACUCACUUAAGAUGCCGAUGGUUUCUGAAGCUGUGGAUACAUAUGCGCCAAGAAGCAAAGAAGAGCCAUACAAGAGACCGGACAAGUUUGAUAAGCAGACAACCAGUUGGCCUGAAACAUACACACUUAAGAUGCCGAUGCGAACAGAAGAAGUUAGAGAUGUGGAUACAUAUGCGGUGAGUAGCAGAGAUGAGACAUAUAUCAAGAGACCAGACAAGUUUGAUAAGCAGACACCUAGGAGGCCUGAAACAUACUCACUUAAGAUGCCGAUGGUUUCUGAAGUUGUGGAGACAUAUGCGCCAAGAAGCAAAGAAGAGACAUACAAGAGACCGGACAAGUUUGAUAAGCAGACGCCCAGUAGGCCUGAAACAUACACACUUAAGAUGCCGAUGCGAACAGAAGAAGUUAGAGAUGUGGAUAAAUAUGCUGUGAGUAGCAGAGAUGAGACAUAUAUCAAGAGACCGGACAAUUUUGAUAAGCAGACACCCAAGAAGCCUGAAAUAUACACACAUAAGAAGCCGCUGGGGAUUGGACAAGGAAGAGAUGUGGAGACGUAUGCGGCAAAAAGCAAAGAAGAAACGUGUAUCCCAAGAGAGGACAAGUAUGGAAAGCCGGUCCCAGAUAAGCCUGUGAAGCAGACACCUAAGAAACCUGAAGUACAGGCUGACGAGAAAGCGGAAGAACCAAGACCUAGCAUUUACACAACUGACGUUAAAGGCUCCCGAUUGAAAGUACUCAGCAUGCCUCUGGAUGGGAACUCGCUGUAUGCUGCGCUCGCGCACCAGAUAUACGGAGUCCUGCCCGGGCAGCCGAAGAUGAAAGAAUUCAUUAGAACAAUGCGCAUUGAUGCCUCCUCUGAACUCAAGAAAUUCAGAAGGAAAUACUGGGAAGAUCUAUUGUCAGACAUUGACAAUCACAAAAUAAGGUACUCGCGCGAGCGGGCGGACGACGGCAAGGUGAGGCUGUACCUGAACGACCAGGAGCGGGACGGCUUCCCCGCGGGCUUCGCCGCUAUGCAGGCGCUGGCCAAUGUGCGGGGCUUCCACAUCCAGUUCCACGCGGCGGGCUACGGCAGCGCGACCAUCAAGAGCGCUCGGCCCGGCCCGGACCCGGGCACGUGGCUGCUGCACAUGCAGGGCUUCCGCGACCCGGACGGCGACGAGGAGCUGCACUUCGACAGCGUGCUGGAGGUGUCGCCCAUCGAGGGCUACCGCAGCUCGUCCGAGUCGGACGGCGACGACGCCUGCUGAGCGGGGAACCUCGCCGUCUCGCUCGCACGUUCGCAUUCAACCAUCCGGCCAAACAUACGAUAUGAUUCUGGUUUUAAUUAUAAUCAAACUUGACUCACACAUUAUUAUCCACUAUUGUUCGCACUAUUAAGUGUUUCGAUGUCUUGCAGUCAAUUAACAUUUUUUUUUUUAAAUUUAAAUGUGACCCGAUGGAAAUGACUCCGGCCUGGUCUCGCAUACCAACAUUGCCUUUGGCGCCUUCCUCCAAUUCCUUGACAUCUUUUCUUAUAAAAGCUGAAAAUUUCUUACGCAAAGUAACCAUGGUAUCAUCGGCUACAGCCUCAAAACCUGCGGCAAUUAUAAUUAUCAAGUAAGUGUUCCUUUGCUGAAAUUAUAGAAUCAGGAACGGGCCAUAAUGACCAAGAAUUUCAAAGUGGUGACUUGUAUUUAUCAACUUAAAUCCCUAGCAGAGUUGCACAAUUUGGCGAAUAACAACAAAUGCAUAUUUUUAAAGGUAAAAAUCCAUAUUCUUCUACAUUCUUUGCUGGAUGUAUUAAAGACAGCAAAAUUCAAAGAUUGAUAGCUCUCUUGAUGGAUCUCAAGGAUUGGGCAGUUCGCUAUGAACCGAAUUUUAUGGCAAUUUGUUGUGUUUCUGUAUAAAUGCAAAAUUUUUGACAGAAAUUCACUGUGCAUAUGAAGACACUUUCUGAAAAUAUAAAAUAAUUAGUUGAGUUAAGGCAGUACAUGCUAGUUUAUGUGAGCAAUUUCCAACUUAAAUAAGGGUUCUGGGAUGAAUUGACAAAAAUGUUUUAAAAAAAGAUUUGUUUGAACUUUUUUUAACUACCAGGAUCGUUGUAUAAAUUAUCUAAAAAUUAAAAUAUAAAUUACAUUAUUAUUUAAA